AUGGCAUCUCCCGUCUGGCUCAUCACCGGUAGCUCGGGCGGCCUGGGCUACAGCCUGACACUCCACGUUUUGGCAGCUGGACAUCGUGUGGUGGCCACCGUCCGAAGCAGCUCCAAAUCAGCGGCAGUGGUGAAAGAAAUAGAAGCACGGGGUGGUAAGAUUGUCGAGCUCGAUAUCGCCAAACCGGACACAAUAUCUGCGGCAGCGAAGCAGGCAGAAAGCUUCUACGGACAUAUCGAUAUCCUAGUCAACAAUGCUGCGUACUCGCUGUUGGGAGCCGUUGAAGACAUGACUGACGACGAAGGCGCGCUCCAAUUUGAGACGAAUUUCUUCGGACCAGUCCGCCUGACUCGGGCUCUUCUGCCCUCGAUGCGUGCCCGCCGCACCGGCACCAUCGUCAACAUAUCCAGCAUCGCAGGCCAGGAUGGUCGUCCGUCAUGCGGAAUGUAUGCCGCGAGCAAAUUCGCCCUGGAAGGACUAUCCGAGACUUUGGCGCAUGAGCUAGCCCCAUUUAAUAUCGCAGUACUCGUGGUUGAGCCUGGCGCGUUCCGUACCAACUUCCUACAAGCGGCACAAAUCACCAAAGCCGGUGUUUCAGAGCCGUACAAAGAAGGGCCAGUGCAAAUCGCGCUGGACAAGUUUGACGCUGCCAACGGGAAUCAGAUCGGUGACCCGGCGAAAGGCGUGGCGAGGAUAUUCGAAGUCGUGACUGGAGAGGGCCUUGCUGGGGGGCUCAAGGGGAAAAUUCUUAGGUUGCCCUUGGGUUCAGACUGUGUGGCUCGUCUUGAGCAGAAGUUGGAAAGUGUCACGGGGGAUUUGAAGCUUGCCCGAGAGGCGUCAUUGAGCACAGACUUUGCAUGA